UGGAGAUAACAAUUUAUGUUCAUUUAUAUCUGAACAUUAGAGUUUUAAGAUGAAAAAUUGUGAAAUUUAUUUCAAAAGUGUAAUUUUAAACAUUUUAUUAUGUGUUGCAAGUGUUUUUGAUUUUAUUGAAUAUUUGCAAGUUGUGUAAAACAACAUUUUUAUGUGUGAUGUUGUGAAAAUACCUGAAAAUAUGGCUGACAUUGAAAGGAUAAGACUGGUUAUACUCGGUGGAGCAGGAGUGGGUAAAAGUUGCAUCGUAAAAAGGUUUCUUAUGAAUACAUACUCCGAUAAAUAUCGGAGUACUGUGGAGGAUCUUUAUAAUAGAGAAUAUGAUCUUGGACAAGUCACUUUGAAGGUUGAUAUCCUGGACACAGCAGGAGACCAGCAAUUUCCAGCAAUGCGUCGACUGAGUAUAGCAACUGCUCACGCCUUCAUUCUAGUCUAUGCGGCGACAUCAGCUCCAUCUUUUGCCUGCGUAAAGCAGUGUUUUGAAGAACUAAGAGAGCAGAGAGCCGACUAUCAGGAAGUGCCAAUAGUAAUUGCUGGGAACAAAUUAGAUUUAGCUCCAACUCAUAGAGAAGUCCGAAUAGAAGAUGUCAGUGAAUGGGUAUAUUGCGAAUUACCCAGGCUGAGGGCGAAAGUGCUCGAGUGUUCUGCAAAGGACGAUUACAAUAUCAAGGAGAUCUUCAGGACAUUACUUACACUGAGUAGAAUCCUUCCAAAGGGCGACGAGGACUCUAGUACUGGGCUGAAGAGGCGAUCGAGUGCCUACGUCAGUGCCACGUCUAAAGGUAAAUCCCGAGCCUCCUCCGGCAGUCCGGCGUCUCUGACGUCGACAGCCGGAGCUUUGCCCGAAGGCACAGCCACGACGACCACCGGAGUUUCCUCCGGAGGUACGGAACCCCCGAAUUCCAACAGACCAAAACAACGUUCCAGAAGUCUCAUCAGAAGAUCUUCGAGGAAAACUAAACAACAAAUUAGGGAUGCACCAGGGAGCGAAGAUUGCAAUGUGCAAUGA